AAGAUUUACCUCAUCGUCUCCAAAACUCCAUCUCUGCCGUCUUCAGACAGAGCUCGGCGGAUAGAUUAUAUAUUCCAUUGAUAAGCGGCAGAGAUAGAGAGAUUGCGACGAUGGCAGAAAGCAAAGAGAACUAUGACCUUACCCCUCGAGUGGCACCUAACCUGGACAGACACCUGGUGUUUCCUAUACUCGAGUUCCUUCAAGAGCGUCAGCUUUAUCCUGAUGAGCAGAUCCUGAAGUUCAAGAUCGAACUUUUGAACAAGACGAACAUGGUCGAUUACGCCAUGGAUAUCCACAAGAGUCUCUACCACACCGAAGAAGCUCCCCCAGAUAUGAUGGAAAGGAGAGGAGAAGUUGUAGCCAGGCUCAAAUCUCUGGAGGAAGCGGCUGCACCACUCGUGACUUUCCUUUUGAACCCCAACGCGGUUCAGGAGCUAAGAGCUGACAAGCAGUACAAUCUCCAGAUGCUGAAGGAACGUUACCAGAUUGGUCCAGACCAGAUUGAGGCUUUGUAUCAGUACGCCAAGUUUCAGUUUGAAUGUGGGAACUAUUCUGGUGCUGCUGAUUAUCUUUACCAGUACAGGACCCUUUGCUCUAACCUUGAGAGAAGUCUGAGCGCCUUGUGGGGAAAGCUUGCAUCUGAAAUAUUGAUGCAAAACUGGGACAUUGCACUUGAAGAGCUCAACCGUCUCAAAGAAAUUAUUGACUCAAAGAGUUUUGCAUCGCCGCUAAACCAGGUGCAGAACAGGAUUUGGCUGAUGCAUUGGGGUCUCUAUAUAUUUUUUAACCAUGAUAACGGAAGGACACAAAUCAUUGAUCUCUUUAACCAAGACAAGUACCUAAAUGCCAUACAAACUAGUGCCCCACACUUGCUACGUUACUUGGCAACUGCUUUCAUUGUCAACAAAAGGAGAAGGCCUCAAUUGAAAGAAUUCAUCAAGGUCAUUCAACAAGAGCACUACUCCUACAAAGAUCCUAUUGUCGAGUUCCUCGCAUGUGUGUUUGUCAAUUAUGACUUUGAUGGGGCUCAAAAGAAGAUGAAAGAGUGUGAAGAGGUCAUUGUGAAUGAUCCAUUCCUUGGAAAGCGAGUUGAGGAUGGAAACUUUUCAACUGUACCAUUGAGAGAUGAGUUUCUUGAAAAUGCCCGCCUAUUCAUCUUCGAAACCUAUUGCAGAAUCCAUCAGAGAAUUGACAUGGGGGUGCUUGCUGAGAAAUUGAAUCUGAACUAUGAGGAGGCCGAGAGAUGGAUUGUGAACCUUAUCCGCACCUCAAAGCUUGAUGCGAAGAUUGAUUCUGAGUCAGGAACCGUAAUCAUGGAGCCUACUCAGCCCAACGUGCAUGAGCAGUUAAUUAACCACACCAAAGCCUUAUCAGGACGGACUUACAAGUUAGUGACUCAGCUCUUAGAACACACACAGGGACAAGCGGCUCGAUAAUCACAAUUUUGCUGUGGAACCUAUCCUUCACCAUUUCCUUGAUAAUCCUCGCUUUGCUUGACUGGAAUCAAUUGUUUUUUUUGCUUUGCAUUUGCCUUUAUUUUGGAAACAUGUCUACAUACUUGGUCAUCUUUGUGCAAGUUGUUCUAUUUAAUGUUGGAUUCACACUGGGAAGUUCGACAAUCAUAUUAACUCCUCGUUUAAGCUCAUUCAGAUGAGUUCUUUAUGACUUUUGACUUACCAACAUAA